AUGGCUCAGGCAGUGCCACCACGCCAGGCUCAACCCGGCGAUUUCCUGGUCGUCGUUCGAGAUGCCCGAUCGCUAAUAUCGUGCUUGUCUCUAGACGAUUUCGACGCCCGGUCAGAAGAUGAGUUGACCCUGCGGCGGGGUGAGAAGAUCGAGUUGGUCGAGCUUGACGAUGGGUUUGGGGACGGAUGGUACCUUGGCAAGCAUACGGUUACCGGGAAGACCGGUCUUUUCCCUGGAGUUUACACCGCCCUCCCACCGAAGCUCGGUGUGCGCAAACCGGAUACCGCUUCGUCUUCGGCGGAUUCAGAUACAGUCGUCCCGGAUGAGAACUCCAAGGCAGCCACUCUAGGCAACGAUGCGGGUGAUGUCAUAUCGAUGUCUUCUACUACUAUCGAAGGGAGAGGAGAGGUUACCCCUCAGGCUUCAAGACGUGGCAGCGCGUCGGAACUUCGAGAUCCAGGUCCUGAUACGGAGGAGGAACUCUCGCCCAAACAACCACCGAGGUCGAGUUCCGGCCCGCUGCCAUCGGCGUCCCCUCUUUCUUCCAACAUGCAGAGAUCGAUCAGGGAUGCUUUCGGAGGCCCCCUCAAAGAGGGCGACAGUCCCGUCAUGAAUGAGACACUUAGUGUCAUUGACGAGCACAUCACCGAUCUCAGCACCCCCCGUCACAGCAUCACCACUCAGGAUCAGAAGACCGUCACCGAUUCUGGCAGUGAAUACAGCAGCCACAUCGAUCAUCGUCUUUCCUACAUUCAGGGACACGAGACAGAUGAAGAAGAAGAGAAUCAACCGACGGAAGAACAGGUGCGCAGGUGGGAUCACAUCGAGACGGCGCGCCAAUUGCGGAAUCUUGGCGUCGAGCCGAAACAUUGUGAGAUUUUCCAGGAGCAGGAGAUUACGGGAGAUGUUCUGCUGGAGAUGGAUCAGGAAUUCCUCUUCAUGAAGGAAUUUGACUUUGGCGUGAUGGGACGGCGACUCAAGACCUGGCACAAAAUCAAGGCGUUCCAAGAACAAGUUAAGGGGUUUAUGCACAAACCUCGAGGCUCGGUCUCGAGCUACUAUCACCCAGAGGAGCAUGAACGCACCUCGAGCCGUGCCGGACACACCGGACCUCUCCUACCCAGGAUCCCCAGCUUGUCUGAGAAGCCGUCGUCGCCUUACCAUUCCCCGAGACUUACCGGCUCUUCGGUUCGACCGCCCCGACGGAGGUCUUUGCUCCUGCAUGGCAGUCCCGGCUCUCCUUCGACGGCUAGCACGUACGGGGGAAGGGAGCUAUCAUCGCGGCCUUCAGCAGCGUCGAUUCGAGAGCUCAAUCACCGUCGUCAUUCAUCCAUCGAUACAACCAACCGUUCGGGUCUUCCCGGCCAGUCACCGCCUUCUGUACGUCAGAAGAAAGGUUCUUUCGACCGAGGCUGGACUAUGUCGGCAGGAGCGCAAGCACUGUCCAGUCGACCUGGAACCGCCGUGGACGCCACAGACGAAGACAGGUUCCUUGAACAGACCAAUACCUCCGACACUUCUCUCAACGCGGCCGAUAGGGACUCUCUUGACCGGGGCUAUUUCUCCGGCGGCGAGGUCGACUCGCGCCGAACUCGUAAGCUGCUGAGGAAGCGAGACUCCCUUGUGGGAAGCGCCAAUCAUUCGAGGAAAUCGAGUUACGUUGACGACCAAAUUCGAUCGACGUCUGGCAACCAUAGGUAUUUCCGCUUCGGCAGCACCGAUUCCGGCCGGGAGCCGCCAGGUCAUGUCUCUGCCGCUGCCAAGGCCUAUCAUAGCGGUUCCCUGAAAGGCCGGGCCAGAAGCUCCGGCAGUCACGAUCAGCGAUCGACCAACCUGGAGGAGAAACAAAGCGGGGGUCCUUCAUUCUUCUCGCCGUUUGUCCCUAGGCGCGAUUCCGAGAGUACGGGCCGUUCGUCACCAACGCCUUUCCAGCAGAUCAGGAAUGUUGGUCCCAAAUUUCGCCGUGCUGUUGGUCUCCGUGCAACGUCGGAUGGUGGGAGUGAAAAGACCCAGGAGCAAUCUCCGGUUACGACUUCGCCCGUCAAGGAGUUCUCUCUGCCGUCAGGUCGAACGGGGUCGACUACACCCUCCGCAACGUCCAAGAGUUCCGAACGCCAUAGCACCGAUGGGUCUGGGAAAGCAACGGAGGGAACUCUAUCUCUGACGCGACCAAGGGCACCAUCCAAGGUGAGCAGCAAGUCGAAGAAGGACACGAGCGCGUACAUGCGUGGGUUGGAAAAGAAGACUCCCCAGGAGCAAAUGGUGGGUUGUGACUACUGUGGCUGGAUGAAGAAAAGGUCCGCGAAUAUUAUGACGACCUGGAAGCCUCGUCUCUUUGUUCUCCGUGGUCGGCGGCUGUCCUAUUAUUACUCGGAAGAUGACACAGAAGAGCGGGGCCUUAUUGACAUUACGGGUCACCGCGUGCUGCGUGCGGAUCAAGAUCCUUUCACCGCACUGCAUGCUACCAUCACCGGGGCGAUGACUUCACCCACAUCUCCAGGCACUGUAAGCAAUGACGAUGCCACGUUCACUCUUGAAAAAUCGUCGGAUGCGUCGGGCUCAGGGAAGACCGCUUCGCAUUCUCAGACUCCGUUUUUCUUCAAGCUGGUCCCUCCCAAGAGUGGCAUGUCUCGUUCUGUGCAGUUCACGAAGCCGACGACUCACUACUUCCAAGUCGACAGUGUUAAAGAGGGCCGACUUUGGAUGGCCGCGCUGAUGAAGGCAACAAUCGAGCGGGAUCUGUCACGGCCCGUGGAGACGACCAACAAGCAGAAGACCAUCAGUCUCAAGCAAGCGCGGGCCUUGAAUCAACGGCCGCCUGCACUGAUGGACCUGCCGAGCAAGGAGACUGGCGACUCGGACGCCAAAGAAGAAGACACCGGUUUGAAUAUCAAAGGUCUCAGCCUUGAGAAAGAAGCCGACUCCAGCGCCGACAAGUCCUCUUCGGCUAGCGGCUUUGAGCCUGUUCCCUCGGCUGCACUCCCAGAAUCACUCGCUGAGUCGAUCUCGUAG